AUGGCUUCAGUGCACGAGGAAGAGCGUGAUGUCCAGAAGAAUUACUGGAUAGAGCAUUCGGCUGAUUUGACUGUUGAAGCUAUGAUGCUCGACUCUCGAGCUUCUGAUCUCGACAAGGAAGAACGUCCUGAGAUACUCUCUUUACUCCCUCCAUUUGAAGGCAAAUCGGUGCUGGAACUUGGAGCCGGUAUUGGUCGAUUCACUGGUGAAUUGGCUCAAAAAGCUGGUGAACUCAUUGCUCUUGACUUCAUUGACAGCGUCAUUAAGAAGAAUGAAAGUGUGAAUGGGCAUUACAAGAAUGUGAAGUUUAUGUGUGCUGAUGUUACAUCCCCUGACCUGAAGAUCACUGAUGGAUCCAUCGACUUGAUAUUCUCCAACUGGCUGCUCAUGUAUCUUUCUGACAAAGAGGUGGAGCUUUUGGUAGAAAGGAUGGUUGGUUGGAUCAAAGUUGGAGGAUACAUAUUCUUCAGAGAAUCAUGCUUCCACCAAUCUGGGGACAGCAAGAGGAAAUCCAACCCGACUCACUACCGUGAACCCCGUUUCUAUUCCAAGGUCUUUCAAGAAUGUCAAACACGUGAUGCUGCCGGGAAUUCAUUUGAGCUCUCUAUGAUCGGAUGCAAGUGCAUUGGAGCUUAUGUGAAAAGCAAGAAAAAUCAGAAUCAGAUUUGUUGGAUCUGGCAGAAAGUCAGCUCGGAAAAUGACAGAGGCUUCCAACGUUUCUUGGACAAUGUUCAGUACAAAUCCAGUGGGAUCCUUCGCUAUGAGCGCGUCUUCGGACAAGGGUUUGUGAGCACUGGCGGAAUCGAAACUACCAAAGAGUUUGUGGAGAAAAUGAACCUGAAACCAGGACAGAGAGUGUUGGAUGUUGGAUGUGGCAUUGGUGGAGGUGACUUCUACAUGGCUGAGAAAUUCGAUGUUCAUGUUGUUGGCAUCGAUCUUUCUGUCAACAUGAUCUCUUUCGCAUUGGAACGUGCCAUUGGACUCAACUGCUCGGUAGAGUUUGAGGUUGCGGAUUGCACCACAAAAGAGUACCCUGACCAUUCCUUUGAUGUCAUUUACAGCCGUGACACUAUUCUGCACAUCCAAGACAAACCAGCUUUGUUCAGGACCUUCUUCAAGUGGCUUAAACCGGGAGGUAAAGUUCUAAUCAGCGACUACUGUAGAAGCCCGAAAACUCCGUCUGCUGAGUUUUCUGAGUACAUCAAACAGAGAGGAUAUGAUCUCCAUGACGUUCAAGCAUAUGGCCAGAUGCUCAAAGACGCGGGCUUUAGCGACGUGAUCGCAGAGGACCGUACUGAUCAGUUUGUGCAAGUCCUGAGACGUGAACUAGAGAUGGUGGAGAAAGAAAAGGAAAAGUUCAUCUCCGACUUCUCCAAAGAGGAUUACAAUGACAUUGUUGGAGGAUGGAAGGCGAAGCUGGACAGGACUGCUUCUGGUGAACAGAAAUGGGGACUUUUCAUCGCCAACAAGAACUAA